ACAGUUAUGUUGCACUUGAGGGAGGGAGAUUUCGUUUGGCUGGACACCGACUCCGGAGUACCCAUUGGGGCGGAAGUCAAGCGGACAGACACUGGACAGCUACAGCUGAUCGACGAUGAAGGAAAGGAGCACAAGGUCAAUAAGAAGCUGGAGGGCAUGGUGCGACCCAUGCACCCUAGCUGUGUUACCGGCGUGGACGACAUGAUCAAGCUCGGUGACCUCAAUGAGGCGGGGCUCCUCAGGAACCUGCUGGUGCGACACAAAGAGGGCACCAUCUAUACUUUCACAGGCUCCAUUCUGGUGGCCGUCAACCCUUAUCAGCUGCUGCCCAUCUACACCACCGAGCACGUGCACAUGUACACGGACCGACGGCUGGGCGAGUUGCCGCCGCACGUCUUCGCUAUUGCAGACAGCUGCUUCUUCAACAUGCACCGCAAGCGAAAGAGCCAGUGCUGUGUCAUUAGUGGAGAGUCUGGUGCAGGGAAAACUGAGAGCACCAAGCUGAUGCUGCAGUUCCUGGCUGCGGUGAGCGGUCAGCACUCCUGGAUAGAACAGCAGAUUCUUGAAGCCACCCCCAUCCUGGAAGCCUUUGGUAACGCUAAAACCAUUCGCAACGAUAACUCCAGUCGCUUUGGAAAGUACAUCGAUAUCAACUUUACCAAGGGCGGCGCCAUUGAAGGGGCCCGCAUUGAACAUUACCUGCUGGAGAAGUCCAGAGUUUGUCGUCAGGCACCUGAGGAAAGAAACUACCACAUAUUUUAUUACAUGCUGAUGGGCAUGCAAGCUGAGCAGAAAAAGAUUCUUGCCCUUGGGAAUGCGGUCGAGUACAACUAUUUGAUCAUGGGUAACAGUACCAGCUGUGAAGGGCGUGACGAUGUGAAGGAAUACGCCCACUUCCGCUCAGCUCUGAAGAUCCUCAUGUUCACAGAGAAUGACUCAUGGGAAAUCUGCAAACUGCUGGCUGCCAUCCUCCACCUGGGGAACGUGGACUUUGAAGCCACAAUCAUAAAUAAUCUGGAGGGCUGUGAUAUCCUCACAUCAACACAUUUCAGCAUGAGCAGCAAACUUUUGGAGGUGGAUCUCAAAGCCCUGGAGACGAGUCUGACUAAGCGCUCCUUAAUGACCACCAGAGAAAGCGUUACCAAACCUCUGACUUCUGCUCAGGCUGUGGACUGCAGGGAUGCUUUCAUCAAGGCUAUUUAUGGAAGACUUUUUAAUUGGGUGGUGGAAAAAAUCAACGCUGCCGUUUUCAAGCCGCCGCCUGACAAUUUGAAAGAACCUCGACACUCAAUUGGAUUGCUUGACAUCUUUGGCUUUGAGAACUUCAACAAAAACAGCUUUGAGCAGCUGUGCAUCAACUUUGCCAAUGAGCAGCUGCAGCAGUUCUUUGUGCAGCAUGUGUUCAAGCUGGAGCAGGAGGAAUACGCUCGUGAAAGCAUUAUCUGGGAGCACAUUGACUACCAAGACAACCAGCGCACCCUGGAUGUACUGGCCAUAAAACCUCUGAACAUGCUGGCACUUAUUGAUGAGGAGAGCCACUUCCCUAAGGGCACAGAUGCCACGAUGCUGCAAAAAAUGAACCAGCUCCAUGGCAAAGGGGGCAUCUAUAUUUCCCCUAGGAACAACUACGAGACACAGUUUGGAGUACAACAUUUUGCUGGAGCUGUUUAUUAUGACUCGCAAGGAUUCCUUGAGAAAAACCGUGAUGCUCUCAGCUCAGACCUGGUUCAGCUGGUAGAGACCUCAACCAACAAACUCCUGAAACAGACCUUUCUUAAGGAGCUAUCCUCCAGCACAAUCAAGACCAGCACCAACCCCAAGAUGAUAAUCAACAUGCCCAAGAACAGCCUUCGGCAAGCAGCUGAUGUUAAGAAGCAAGUGCCGACACUGACCGGCCAGUUCCGUGUGUCUCUGGAUUCUUUGAUGAAAACGCUGACGGCGUGCCAGCCGUAUUUUAUACGCUGCAUUAAACCCAACGACUUCAAGAAGCCCAUGCUGUUUGACAGAGACCUGUGCAUGCGUCAGCUCCGCUACUCUGGGAUGUUGGAGACUAUCAGGAUCCGGAAAGCUGGCUAUCCCGUACGCUACACCUUUCAGGAGUUCUUGGAACGCUACCGUGUCCUUCUUAGAACGUCCAUCUGUGAUCCAAAAACAGAAAGCGCAGAACGAUGCUGUGAAAGCAUUUGUGAAACGGUGCUCGCUGGAGAGGGCGACUGUAAAACUGGCAAGACAAAGUUAUUCCUAAAGGACUUCCAUGACACCAUGCUUGAACUGGAGCGAAUGAAAUCACUGAAUGCAAAAGCACUUUUGAUCCAAAAAGUCAUGAAAGGCUACAAAUACAGGAGAGACUUUCUGAUGAAAAAGUCAGCUGCUCUUGUUAUUCAGAAACACUGGCGAGGACACCAGGGCAGAAAGCUGUACAAAAUGGUCCAGCUGGGCUUCACACGGUUGCAGGCACAGGUUCGCUCUCGCCAGCUCCACUUUCAGUAUAAGAAGAAGCGAGAAGCGGUGAUCGCACUGCAGACACGAGCCAGAGGCUUCCUCGUGAGGAAGGAGUGCAAGCGCAAGAGAGACGCCGUUGUCCUCCUGCAAGCACACACCAGGGGCAUGCUGGCAAGAAACGCUCUGAAAAAGCUGAAGAGAGAUAUGUACCUUACUGCAAAGGAGAAACAAGCAGAAGAGCGGGCCAUGCUGGAGAGACAGAGACUCCUGGAGAAAGUGAUGAGGCAGAAGGAGAUGGAAAACACAGCCGUCUCAGACCAGGAGAUGGUCGACACCAUCUUUGGUUUCUUGCCCCCUGUGAUUGGAGGGCAAGAAGGACAAGCACCUGUGGGAUUUGAGAAUUUUGACAGUAAGAGGAUGGUGACUGAGGAGAUAGACAUAGAUGACAUCCCCAUGGUGGAAGAUCUUCCCAUAGAAGAAUACGAUGACCUGGAUGAGUACACUUUCACCAAAUUUGCCUCCAUGUACUUUCAAGGGGCAGUCACACCCACCCAUAUUCGCCAGAGGCUCCAGCAGCCUCUCCUGUACCAUGAGGAUGAGGGAGAUGUCCUGGCUUCACUGACAGUAUGGUGGAUCAUUCUGAGGUUCAUGGGUGACCUCCCAGAGCCAAAGAAGCAGGUCAAGGUUCAAGGAACCUCCAUGCCAGAUCACAGUCUUCCAGAGGACCUCCUGUCCAGAAAGGACAGACGACUGAGUCACAUGGUGGGCCUGGAUCAGAGGGUGCUAAGGAAUAAAAAUGUCACAAAUAAGUCCACAAUCCCAGAGGAGACGGGACAAAAUAGGAAGCCUUCAAUUUUCAUGGACCUCCUAACAAAAAACAGGAAAACAUCUGCUGUGCCCAGUGAGAUGGCUCAGAACCAGAAGAUAUACACUGUACCAGAAGGAAGCCCCCGAACCCGGAAAGGGUCAACAUUCUCUGACCUACUGUCCAAGACUAGAAAACCAUCUGCUCAAGUGGAGAGGAUCCAGAGAUCCUCUGCAAACAUCAGGAAGCCCUCUAUCAUCAAGGAGGAGUCAGAGGAUUUGACUGAGGUGCCCAAGCCUGCAACACUGCAGACUGUGAGUGAGGACAGCGAUGUCAUGAUUGGAGAAGGACCCACUCUGAACCAGCCGUUGUCAUCUCUUGAAAAACUCCACAUCAUUGUGGGAUAUGGCAUUCUCAGAUCUGAACUCAGGGAUGAGAUUUACUGUCAGAUAUGCAAGCAGCUUCAGGAUAACAACAACCGCAACAACUACAUGCGCGGCUGGAUCCUGCUGUCCCUCUGCCUGGGCAUUUUUGUGCCAAGUGAGCACUUUAUAAAAUACCUCCAGAGUUUCAUCCGUUCUGCUCCAGGUGGGUACAGCACCUACUGUGCCGAGAGGCUGCGGCGGACUGCCGUGAACGGAGUGCGUGGGGAACCUCCUGCCUGGCUGGAGCUACAGGCAACCAAGACGAAGAAGCCCAUCACUGUGUCUGUGACCCUGAUGGAUUCACGCUUGAUUAACCUGCCUGUUGACUCAGCAUCUACUUCAAAAGAAAUCUGUCAAAUCCUCUCCAACAAAAUCAAACUCAAGGACACUUUUGGCUUUUCUCUCUACGUGGCUUUAUAUGAAAAGGUGUGGGCUCUGGGCAGCGGCCGGGAGCAUGUGAUGGAUGCCAUCUCACAGUGCGAGCAAGAAGUGAAGAGAAGAGGAGGGCAAGAGCAGCACGCUCCCUGGCGCCUGUUCUUCCGCAAAGAGAUCUUCACCCCCUGGCAUGACAGCAGUGAGGACAAGCUCAGCACAGACCUGAUCUACAAACAGAUCAUUCACGGCCUAAAGUUUGGAGAGUACCAGACUGAAAAGGAAGACGAUUUUGUGCAGCUUGCUGCCAAACAUCUGUACGUCCAGCACGGCUCAGACAGCAGUCAUGAUAAAGUGAGGGAGGCUGUGCACGAGUGCAUCAGCACGUCUCUGCUGGAUGCCCAGUCAGAGGCCAAAUGGCUGCAGAUGGUCAGCACUGCACACACUCAGGGUUCAUAUCUGACUUCAAGGCAAAAGGCGUCUUCUGUGAAGGCAGAAAUGGUUGACUAUGCCAGAAAGAAGUGGCCCAUGUUCUUCUCCAGGUUCUUUGAGGUUGUAAAGCUGUCAGGGCCUCCACUGCUUAAGAACAAGUUUAUUGUGGCUGUAAACUGGACUGGUAUCACAUUCCUGGACGAGCGAGAAAAGAGACUGCUAGUGCUCUCCUUCCCAGAGGUCACCGGGGUCAACACCGUGAGGGACGGGAAAGCGUGUGGCCAGGCGGUGUGUCUGCUGACCCUGAAAGGAGACUUCACUCUGAGCGGCUCCAUGACUGAGGACAUGGCGGAGCUGGUCUACAUGUUUCUCAGUGGUCUGACUGAGCGCUCUCAUUUUGCAGUGACCCUAAAAGAAGUCAGCAAGCAAGAUGAUCCCACAUUCCUGAGCUUCAAGAAAGGUGAGCUCAUUCUAAUCAUCAAAGACGAUGACUUUUCCCCAGAACGUGGUUGGAUAAAGGGACAAAAUGAGCGUACCGGACAAAUAGGAGCUGUCCCCACUGACGCCAUCCUCAUCCUGCCAACCCUCAGCAAACCCACCAACGAGGUCAUGACACUCCUUAACCUGUCUCCUAAAGACAGGAAGACCAUCAUAGAGGCCACUCAGAAAGAAACAAGUGCAGUAGAGAAAAUGGCUCUUAGCACUUUGAAAGAAUUCGCCCUCGAAUAUUUCAGGCAGCCCACUCAAGAUGUGAACCGUCAAGUGAUUUCGAGGAAUGUGGCUCCUGAGAGGCUGUGGGCGAACUCCAGAGAGCCAAUCAGGCAACCGCUCCUUAAGAGACUGGUGGGCCACACAGAGCCCAGCCACAAAGCCUGCCUGGCCUUCACUGCCAUCUUAAAGUAUAUGGGUGAUUACCCAACUAAACAGAUGCAGAGUCCUCUCGAGCUCACUGACCAGAUCUUUGGACCCGCAACUGAAGAUGAGACAUUGAGGGAUGAGAUCUACUGUCAAAUAAUGAAGCAGAUGACCAGCAACAACAACCGGUUCAGCUUGGAGCAGGGCUGGCAGCUGCUGUGGCUCUGCUGUGGUCUGUUUCCUCCCAGCCAGGUUCUGCUGAAGCACACUAAGCGUUUCCUGGAGUCUCGGCGCAAAGAGACGCUGGCCUCGGACUGUCUGCAGCGACUGCAGAGCACACUGAGGAUGGAGCCCAGGAAGCUCCCACCGCAUCAGGUGGAAGUCGAUGCCAUCCAACAGAACAGCACUCAGAUCUUCCACAAAGUUCACUUCCCCAAUGACACAGAGGAGAUAUUUGAAGUAUCAACCAACACCAGGAUCAGAGAUCUCAUCCUGAGUAUUGCCAAAAAACUCAGUCUGGUUUCAGCAGAUGGCUUCAGCAUUUUUAUCAAAAUGCAAGACAAGGUUCUCAGUUUAAAUGACACAGCCUACUUCUUUGAUAGUCUGAGACAAAUUACUGACUGGUCCAAGAAAGCCAAGAGGAUCAAAGAAGGUGGCCCGGUCAACAUACCCUACCUCGUGUUCUUUAUGAGGAAGUUAUGGUUCAAUGUGAUCCCUGGUAGAGACAUGGAGGCUGAUCUGGUCUUCCAUUUCCCCCAGGAGCUGCCAAAGUACCUGAAAGGUUAUCAUGUUUGCACCAAAGAGGAUAUGAUCCACAUAGCAACUCUGCUCUUCAAAAUAAAGGCCAACAAUGACAAAACCCAGCUGGUUACAAUUUCCAAGAUCCUGAAGGAGCUGGUGCCUGCUGACCAACUGAAGGCCAUGUCUGAAAAUGAGUGGAAGAAGAAAAUUGCUGCUUCUUUCAACAAACAAACUGGUCUGACUGCUGGCGAAGCCAAAGUGGCAUUUUUGAAGGUGCUUUCCCGCUUACCAACGUUUGGCUGUGCAUUCUUUGAAGUGAAGCAAACAUCAGAACCAAAUUUCCCAGACAUUGUGCGAAUUACCAUCAGUAAGCACGGAGUGACAAUCAUCCACCCCAAAACCAAGGAUGUUCUGGCAAACCAUCCAUUCAACCGCAUCACUAACUGGUGCAGUGGCAGCACCUACUUCCACAUGACUGUGGGCAGUUUGGUCAAAGGCACCAAAUUCCUGUGUGAAACCUCUCUGGGUUACAAGAUGGAUGACCUCAUAACAUCCUAUGUCAAUAUGUACCUCAGAGAGAGACGGGUGGCACAGACCAGGAACCAGCGCUUCAGUUGAGCGUUGAGCACUUUAAGGAGCCUGAUGACGUCACUCUACAGCUACACAUUUAAGCACAGAGUUCAGUUUUUAAAGUGCAAUCAAUAUUGUUGUGACAAAACAUUUUGAUUUAUUGUGUUGUUUGCAUGUUGUUUGAGAUUUCUCAAAGUUCACAGAAUGCUGUUAUAGAUCCUUUAGAUCAUCAGCGACAGGGUAAAACUCAUUCCAGCUGUCAA